CAAUAAAAAUAUAUAUAAAAAAAAAUUAUUUUUUAAUUAAAUGGGAAGAAAGAGCACUGAGUUUACAAACUUGAUUUAAUUUCCCUUUUUCUUUCAAACACGUACAAAAAUCCCCAAAAGAAUGUGGUUAAGUGAUAGUCAAAAAAUUGGUGUAGGUCUGACUGCAUUUGGAUUAUUCUUCAUGAUGAUGGGUGUUAUGUUGCUAUUUGAUGGAGGUUUAAUGGCAAUCGGCAAUGUUCUUUUCUUGUGUGGCAUUACUGCGAUUAUUGGACCCAAAAGUACAUUUGUGUUUUUUACACGAAAGGAAAAGUUACGAGGCACCAUUUGUUUUUUGGGUGGUAUUCUCCUUGUUGUGAUUAAAUAUCCAUUCUUUGGUUUCAUGGUAGAGAUUUUUGGUUUCUUGAAUUUGUUUGGCGACUUUUUCCCUGUCGUCUUUGGUUUCCUGAAAAGACUUCCUGUCAUUGGACCCAUCUUAUCACAUCCAGCACUUGCUAGAAUAGUUCCAAGAGAGAGUCGCACCCGAGUGUAAAUAAACUAUACAAUAAUUCCACCUCCCAUCACAUAUACAUAACCCAAUAAACACAAUAUCGAUAAUAUACGUGGCAGCCUGUCAAUCAUCCAUGACGAAAUAAUGAGCGAAUUUCCGUAGGGUGACACACAUCAACUUUUAUUAUUAUUAUUAUUGUUUGUGCUUUCAAUUGAAUAUCUUGUAACAAUAAAAAAAAAGGAAUGACUUACCAAGUGUAUUUCAUCAAAGAGC